UUUCCUUGGCCUUCAAGUGGGAAAGUUCCGGUUCAUUAGGGUUUUUUGUGUGUCAGAUCAGCAGCUGAUUUGCUGUAGCUGUUCUCGUCAGUUCAGCUAAUUGCCAUGCGGCUUUGCAUGCUUUUGAUUUAUAACCUCAAAUACCUCAUAUUAGUGUAGCUGCUUCCACAGCAGAUUGGUUGGAACCAAUGUGUGUACAUUAUGGCCACCAGUCUCCAUGGAGACCGCACACAGCUUGACAGCAUUUUCCCACUUCUUGAGGGAUCUGACAUUCAUGUGGCCGAGGACAUCCGGAAACUCAUUCAAGACAAUCUAAAGAGCAAUAGAGAGUCAUGGCUGGUGCACACGUUGGUCGACUAUUACUAUGUGACCAACUCUGUGAGGGCAGGAGAAAUCCUCGCUGAAGUCCGGGAACCCCAGGACAAGUAUUUAAUUGACAAGUUGCAGGAUGGUAUAAAAAGUUCAGAACACAAACUUCCAUCUCUGCAGCUGAUGUUGUACUUGGUUUACAAACAGCCACCAUGGACACACAAGCUGGCCGAGACAUCAAUCUUCAAUGUCAUUAUCAAGUGCCUUAAGACUGAGGUUGACAUUCCCGUAGUGAUGACGGCAUUGGUAAUAAUAACAGUAUUACUUCCUGUUGUCCCAGUAACUAUUGCGCCUCAUCUCCAAGAAAUAUUUGACAUAUUUGGUCGUCUGGCUGCAUUCUCUGUUAAGAAACCAGCCAACACACCAGAUGUGUUUCUACUCCAUCUGCAAGUGGCCCUGUAUAGUCUGUUCCACCGUCUGUAUGGAAUGUAUCCAUCUCACUUUCUCACCUAUCUUCGACAGCAGUUCCAAAAGAGGGAAAACACAUUCGUAUAUGAUGAAGUGAUCAUGCCAAUGUUGGAACGAGUUCGUCUACACCCAUAUUUGAUCACUGGUUCCCGUGAUAGUGAAAUGACGAAAGACAGGUGGAAACGCAUGGAAACUCAGGACAUUGUUGUGGACUGUGCUAAACUCUCUUUGGACUCAUUAGAAGGAACUUGGGAAGAAUUACACUGCCCCAUAUUUGCACGUGGUCGAUACCGAACUGCACCAAAAUUGUCUGACUCUAAUAUGGAUGUAUCAGGAAGUCUGCAUUCAUCUUUGAACCAGCCACAACCUCCCUACCAAGAGAAAUGGCUAGAGUUUUGUGAGGAACUGCCCUGUCUGGAUCUCAACAUGAAGAAUAGUCCCUCCCUUAUUCUGGGUCUAUCUACUCCACCAUCGUCUCAGAGAACCACCCCAGCCACCAGCUUCAUGGACACCAGCGCUUCAAGCUUGCCGCCAUCGUUUGCUGGCACAAAUCCUACCACUCCAGUAUUACCAUCAAAAGAUGGAACUCCUCGGCAGACGCCAACUAUUUCUGAUGAUCUGCUUGGUGGAAGUCGCAGCACGGUUACACAGAGAGGUGACCUGAAGAGACUCAGUUUGGGAAGCGGUGCUGGUCGGGUUCCGGCUUUCGGCGACUUGAAACUUACCCCAGUCUCCCAGCCCAACAGUAUCCCGCCUUCACCCCUCAAACCCGAAUUCACUGCCGAGCCACCACUGGGCACGCACAAGGCUCAGCCAAUGAAAUCCACGAUAAGAGCUUUACGCUUUGACAAAAUCACUGAAGUUCGUGCCAGCUGUGAUAGGAAGAGUUCAGUAGAUUCUGACAAAGAGUUGACGGACAGUGGGAAGACUGACCUGGAGAAAAGUCUUUCAAGUGAUUCAGAUAAACGAGACAGCCUUGAUGGUGAUAACCAGUUAAAUUCGUUGUCACAGCCGGUUUCUAUGGAUGAUUUUCAUAACAUGGUGCAGGACAUCUCACCGGCCGAUGAAGAUACAUUUGAUCAGGAGGUUAGCGAGCUGACCAAGUCUGACAGCAGUGACAGUUGCGAGCAUCCUUCAGACCCGCGGCAGACGGCAGAGUCGGUGAAGCAAUUCAUGAAGAAAGUGAACCGAAUUCGCUUCAACAGUCUGACCAACAACGGAAAUUUGGACCAUAAUUCUGCGGGUCCUGAAAAACGUGGAUCCGUAAACCGGUCGUUGUCCUGUCCACUUUUAGAACUUGAGGAUGGUGUGGCCGAGGAAUCUGAAACCCUGUCCCGAUCAGCAUCAACGACAUUCUCCAACCACGAGUCCGAUUUCACUGCAGGCCAGGACGUUGAGUGUGAGACUGAUGGCAGACACGCUGAAACAAAAUCAAGUGAUGAUACGAGGGAAACAGCACAUUCCUCAACAGGACUUGGUCCUGCAGAAAAUAACGAGAAACAUCCCUCGGUUGUUAAAAUUAACGAAGCAGUUAGUGAUCCAACAUUUAACAUAGUGAACAUUUUUCAGACGUUGCUUUCUCCGUCCACUGUUUGUAGAAAAUGUCGGAGUCAGAGCGAUGCAAAAGAUGUUUCCAGCUCUGGUCAGAAAUCCUUUGAAAUGGCUCAGUUUAAUAAAAUGUCGCCGCCCGAAUUGCUUGACCAGCAUUUGAAGAUGGGUGGAGAACUUCAUGCCAAAGAGUUGACCAAGAUUCCUCUGACCAGCAAGGAGAAUGUCAACUGGACACACUUCGGGGGUGUACCACCAGCUGAUGAGAUUAACAUUCUGCGUGGACAAAUUCUUCUGCUUCACAAUCAGAUCUUGUACGAACGCAACAAGAGAGAAAUGCACGCCAUGAGAAACCGACGAUUGUUGAGAAAGAUCGCUAAUGCUGCUGCUCUUGAGGAACACAACCAUGCAAUGGCGAACCAGAUCGAUCUACAAGGCAGUGAGAUUCACAACCUCCGAGUUUCACUCCAGUUGCUACAGAAUGAGAACCAGCAGCUCAAACAGGCCAAGGAAAGCAACGAGUAUGAGAAACUUGUCCAGUUGAGGACCACCCUGCAGGAGAAUAAGGAUCUGAAAAUGGCGAACAGCGAGCUCAAAAGUUUGCUCAUUACCCAGCGUGAAGACCAUGACAAGUUGAAGAAGCAUCUGCAAGAAACAGAGUCAUGCCUGUUCAACACUAAGGAGGAGAAAGAUAUUCUUCAAAGGGAAGUUGACAUCACAAAUAAACUUAAAGAACAGAUAUUCCAGUUACAGAAAGAAAUCCUCUUGAUGGGAGAGCUUCAGCAGAAAUACCAAGAGAAAAUCAACGUGUUACGGCCUCAGCAGAACGCCAAGGCUGAGCAAGAUCUCCUGGUGACGUCGCUCAGAGCUGAAAUGAAAGCUAUUAAGGCUGAGUUAAAACAAAAGACAGUGCAGCUGGAUUUUAUGAAAGCUAAGGUGAUCCACUUUGAAGAGAUGAACAGAAGCAAGGAGAUUGCUAUCCGCAAUGUAAAAACUAAUUUGGAGAAUGUGAAGACGAGUCAUGAAGAUGAAUUAAAGGCUGUGGAAGACAAGUACAACACAAUGAUGCGGAUGAACCAGCAGCUGGAAGGAGAGAUCCUCAAUCUCCUCAGUCAGAUAGAUCAGCUGUCUGGAAAGAUUCAUUCUCAACAACAGGCAAUAUCUCCAGACACCAACGAUCCACAUCGUCCUUUGUUUCAAGGUCAAGAAAGAGGUGACCUUCAGCCAGUCUCGUUAGACAGUAAAUCAGUAAAUGAGACGCACCUCAAGUCUCGGACAGCUGAACAGUUGUCGUCAGAGUGCAGUGCUAGUGAGCUGCUUCAGAGUCACGAGAAGUAUUCCCACGGGGAGCUGGAUGCGUUUCCGCGGCAGAAGUCGUCCUCCCAGUGUAGCGACACGUCAUUAGGCCAGUCUCAGAGGACUUUGUACACGGACAGUGACGACAGCAAGUCAUCCAGCAGCAGUAAGGCAACAGACAGCGGGUGUUUCGAGAAAUCCACAAAAUAAACAUUAAUGUAAAUAUAAUAACUGUACGUCUGUGCCAAGUUGUGUGAAUAUUUAUGUAUGAUAAAAAAAAAAUUUUUUUUACAUGUGAUGUUAUGACUUGGGAGUUAAUCGAAGUGAAAAUGGUCAGGUCAGGAUUUGAGAUUUUGGUCUUAAGCUGCUAUAAUUAAUAAUAAUUAUUAUUAUAGUUUGAAUGGUUUAUUGUUUGUAUGGAAUGAAUAUAUAUAUAUAUAUAUAAAAUUUUAAAGCAUUUCUUGUCAUUAAAAUAAUGUAUGUAGUUCUGAGGAAUUACAUGUGGUUACCUUGUUUGUAAAAUAUUUCGGAAUGAAUUAGUUUAUUUUCUAAGGGAAUGUGUGGAUUUAUGAUCAUUAUAACCUAGCUUUUUAGUGGGAUUUGUAACAACUAAAGUCCGAACCAAAAUUGUUAACAACUACGAUAAAUUAUUCUUUUACCUUUAAUUAUCAUUAUAUUUCCCAAAAAUUUUGUCCAGACACAAAUUAUGAAAAAAACAUUACAGUGACACAGAUUCCACAUGAGACUGUAGCGAUGUCACCAAUAUUGACUUUGUUGAGAUCACGUAGGACAAAAUACAUGCAUUUUUCUGCCGCCUGCCAUUUUACUCUUUUUAUGGAAUACUUUUCAAGAGGGGUGAAAGCCUCCAGUAUGUGACGUAAUUAAUAUGAAAUCAAUGUGUUCUAGUGGUGUCUUUAAACAAAAUUAACUUUAAAAAAAAAUUAAUACGACAUCAUCACGUUUGAUUUUAUAUUGUAAAACGUUAUGACUCUGUUAGAUUAAGUCAUAUCCUUUCACCCCUCUUGGAGAGUAUUCCAUAAAAAGGCAAAAUGGCAGACGGCACAAAAUUACAUGCUUUUUGCCCUAUGCAAUCUCAGCGAAGUCGAUGUAGGUGACAUAGUUAUUAUCAAGUACGUGGAAUCUAUGUCAUUGUAAUGGAUUUUUCAAGAUUUCUGUCUGGACAAAAUGUGGGUAAAAUCUAACAAAAAAUAAAGGUAGGAGAACAAUUUAUCGUAGUUGUUAAUAAUUUGGUUCGGACUUUAGUUACCUAGAUGAAUAACUUCAAGUUUGUGAUAAAGACUGAUUGUCUUCUAACUUACUGCUGCCCUGUACCAGCCUUGUUAAAUGAAUAGUACUUAAGCCUGGUAUUUGCUUUGCAUCUCAGUAGUCGGCUAUGUUAAGUUCUUUCUCAAACAAUGCAAUUAAUGUGUAAUCUGUAGACUAUAGCUCAGAAAAACAGUAGUUGAUGAAAUUAGCCAGUUGCCAGCUUACCUUGAGAAGCCACCAGACUGAAACCCAGUGUGAGUGUUCUACACCAUGAGGUGUAAAGCCAAUACACUAUCUCACUAGACAAUAACCACUAGAGUCCAGACUCAAAGACUCUUUUAAUAGUCUGAGAUUUUAACAACAUGGCAAUGCCAUACAAAUUGCAUGCAUAUGACAUUUUUAGACAUUUAAGUCUAGAAUGUUCGGAUGUGCCUCGAGAUGAAAAUGUCCCAAUGAUCCUGGUCCAAAAAAUAAAUCCAGGAAUCUUUGUAGUGUUUGAAAACAUUGAGGAUUAUUGAGAAUGUUUUCUCAAAAUAACAUUAACAGAAACAGUUUUUGUUUGGUAAUAACAUCUCGAAUUGUGAAAAACUCUGGAGCUUUCUCAUCCCUAGGUGUGUCUACAAAAGGAUCCUUGAUAUAAAACGCAAAUAAAUCUUAAUUAAAGAAGCUGUGUUCCCAUUUGUUCUUGCAUGCAUUUGGUUGUAUUAACCAGCAGGAUGGUGACAUUUUUAAUCCAGGUACAAAAAGCAAUCUAUGUGCUGUUGCAUUUAAAAUAUUGAGAUGGUGUUCCAUAAUAUUUAUGGGUUGGUUUUUUUUAAUAAGUGCCUAAGGUGUUUUAGAAAGUAGAAUAUAGACUAGCAGUUGUGAAAAAUGGCCCCAGCUCAUGUAUAGCAGAAUAUGCUAUUGGUCUGUGAUUUAAUUACUAAAACCUCUUGUAACUAAAAUAUAGACUGAUGAGUUGUGAUGUUACCAAAGAAAUUAAUUUUAACUUUUACAUUUGGUGUUUUUUUACUUGUUUUGUUUUUGUUUUUAGGGGGUGGGCAUUAAAUCAAAUUACCUUGAUAAUAUCAGUGGAUGAAAAUAAGGGGUACGAAUUGGAAGGUCUUGAUCAACAUAGGGUGUUGGGCAGAAAUAAGGAAAAUUCAGGUACACACAUAGACAUGCCAAUACAGAAUUUAUUUUUAUUUUUUACAAGAUGAGAUCUACAUUAAAAAAUUUCAUUAAAAAUCUUAAUUUUUAUUUAAUAAAUUGUAAUACAUGUAUGUAGUUUGUUUUCCUUUAUUAGUGAAAGGCCUUCACGUUUCUAUUGGGGAACUGUAAUGCAUCAUCCCAUAGACAGGAUAGCACAUACCACAGCCUUUGAUAUACCACUUGUGGUGCACUGGCUGUAACGAGAAAUGUCCCAACAGGGCUUAAUCCUGGCACAUCAGGCAAACUCUAUGGGUUCCACUGUAAAUGUUGUAUUUUAUCUAGUGUAAUGUUAUCAGUUAGAUGUCGCAGAUCUUGUAAUUUUUAAUUUUAUAGAUCCUAUCUUCAACUGAUCAAGGUCUAUGCAGCUACGAGUCAAAGGAAAAGUUAAAUUUUAUAUUAAAAUUGUAAAAAAAAAAAAACAUAUUUGUGUCUUGUAAAGCAAUGCAAUAACUCAACACUGCCUUCUGGUUAUAUAUACAAUUUAUUCAGUGAUACACAAAAAGUUUUUAUAUUUCACACUGUAUUAUUUUUUUGUGAUAAAUAUGAUGUAGAUACAUGUACAGUAUUAUGGACAGUAUUAUUUGUGAAUUAUCUAACAGUGCUUUGUGAUGCAGGUUUCGGUGUGAUUAUUUAGAUUUUUUUAAAACAUGACCAGUAUACUUUAGAUUUAAAAAGAACACUGAAAAUAAAAUGAAUUGUGUGCC